AUGGCGACUAUCACAGAAACGACCACAAGUGUGGACGUUCAAUCGUCGCAAAACCAAGAUAUCGCGACUCGCCUGUUGAAUGGUACUUUCCAUGCCAGCCAUCCGCCUUUUGAACAAUUCGCAACUAUUGAUGGCUUGGUCAAGUCGCAUGCUGCUCAGCCCGAUGAGUCAAAGGUCCCACUGAUCUGCUAUCCGAUCCGGGGUGCUGCCGACUUUGAAGAACACACGGCUGGCGAUAUUGACCGGUAUACCGAUGUCGUGGCUCGAUAUUAUAUGGAGCGGGGUCUUCCACCUGCUGAUCCUAAUCUGGAAGAGGCACCCGUUGUUGCCAUCCUCGUUGGCUCUAGCUUCGAGGUCAUUCUGACCAUGUUCGCCUUGAACCGUCUCGGAUAUGCUGUGCUCUUCCUGUCAACACGACUCACAGCCCCAGCAUAUACACGUUUGCUUGAAAUGGCAAACUGUAAUCAACUUGUGAUUGCCAAGCAGUUCGAUCAGACAGUACAGGAUAUCUGCCAAGAGCGGCCCGGGUGUACCAGCUACCCCAUCCUCCAACGAGGAGACUGGUUCAACCGUCAACCUAGUUCGCCUCGUUUCGCACGGGCUAAUGCCAAUCCGUCUCGAGAGGGAAAGAAAAUCGCCUGGAUCCUACACUCCUCUGGCAGCACUGGUCAUCCCAAGCCUAUUUUCCUCACCAAUCUCCAGACUCUGGCCAAUUGGCGGAAGAGCUUUGGUUUCCGCUUCUUCACGGCCAGUCCACUUUUCCAUUCAUUCGCUCUUAUGGAACUAGGUCGUGCAUUUUAUACUCGAGCAACGACAUAUUUUGGCAAUCAUUCGCUUCCCACCACCUAUCAAAAUCUGUACGAUGCUCUCCAGGUGGCACAGCCUGAGCAGUUCAGCGCUGUCCCAUAUGUCAUCAAACUGCUAGCCGAGAAGCCUGAGGGUAUUAAAGCGCUAGCCAAGCCUAGGAUCGUGCUUUUCGGAGGAUCGAGUUGUCCAGACGAUCUGGGUGAUCGUCUUGUGGCGCAGGGCGUCAACUUAGUUGCAAACUACGGAGCCACCGAAACCGGUCAGAUCAUGACCUCCUUCCGACCUCCAGGCGACAAUGAGUGGCAAUAUAUGAGACUUCAUCGUCCAGUGGCUGACUUUACACUCAUGGAUGAGAUCUCACCUGGAAUCUUUGAAUGCGUUGCGCUGAAUGGAUUGCCCAGCAAAGGACCCUCAAACUCGAAGCCGCCGUUCAGUGACAAGAACCCCGAGCAUAGUUUCCGAACGGCCGAUUUGUUCACUCGGCAUCUGGACCCUAGAAAGAGCAAUUACUAUAAGUACCUUUCUCGACUGGACGACCGAAUCACUCUUGUCAAUGGCGAGAAAGUGCUACCGAUCCCCAUCGAGGGUCGUAUCCGAGAGGAGGCGCUUGUACGAGAGUGUGUUGUCUUCGGUUUCCAACGCACUGUACCUGGAGCGCUCAUUUUCCGUGCAGCAGACAAGGCAACGGAUUUGAAUGAUGAGGAGUUUUUGGAUGCCAUCUGGCCCGCCGUGGAGGCAGCAAAUUCCCGGGCUGAAACGUUCUCUCGCAUUCCUAGGGAAUUGGUCGUCGUGAAAGGUGCCGAUGUCCCCUAUGCCGCGACAGACAAGGGGACCUUUAUCCGGGCUCAGGUCUAUCAGCAAUUUGCCCAGGAUAUCGAGACUGCCUAUGCCAAGUUUGGUGGGAAUGGCAAGAAGGGUGACCUCGCCCUGAGUGUCCCCGAGUUGGAGGAUUGGCUACUGGCACGAUUCCGUGAUGAUCUCGAUGUUCCACUGUCAGGCGCCGAUUCCGACAUUUUCUCUGCAGGUGUCGACAGUUUACAGACGACACAGAUCUGGAGAUACAUUGUGCGCGACCUAGACCUUGGAGAGAGCGGGGAUGACUUGAGUCAAAACAUUGUUUUCGAAAAGGGCACUGUCAGUACUCUUGCAAAGCAUCUCUACCAGAUGCGCACUGGACAGGAGUUCGAGGCCGAAGAUGAGGUACAGAUCAUGGAGGAGAUGAUCGAGAAAUACUCGCAUUUCACUCACCAUCACCCGACUAUCUCUCAGCAGCCCGAAAAAGAGGUCGUCAUUGUCACUGGUGCAACCGGCAACCUUGGAGCUUUCAUCGUUGCUGAGAUCCUGAAGCGACCCAACGUCUCCGAAGUCUGGGCUCUCGUACGAGCCUCUGGACAAGCAGCAGCAGGUGCUCGUCUCUGGAAAGCCUUGGCUGACCGCAAAAUCACUCUCGCCGAUGGUGAGGCCGCUAAACUCCGCGCUAUUCCCAGUGAUCUCUCGCAAGCCAACCUAGGCCUUGAUAUUUAUGUCCUUGACCAUCUACUUUCCUCAUUGACAUGCGUGAUCCAUAGUGCCUGGGCUGUCAAUUUCAACCUUGGCGUACGGUCAUUCGAGCAGCAACACAUUCGCGGAACAUACAAUCUUAUCAACUUCUGUCUCCGCUCCAAGCUACCAAACCCAGCUCAGUUUUUCUUCUGCUCAAGUGUCAGCACAGCCAGCGGUACCCCCAAGCCUGCCUCAAUUGCUGAGACGGCAAUUGAAAACUUGAACCAUGCACAGAUGAUGGGAUACGGUCGCUCAAAGCUGGUGACCGAGCAUAUCACCCGGAAUGCCAUGCGACAGACUGGCAUGCAAUCGCGAGUCCUGAGAAUUGGUCAACUUGGCGGCGAUACCAUCAGCGCUCAGUGGAACGAUACCGAGGCCGUCGCCCUCAUGUUCCGCAGUGCAUUGACGACGGGUGCCCUUCCUGAACUCCCGGAGAGCCCGACCUGGCUGCCCGUUGACCAAUGCGCGCAAGCCGUUGCUGACCUCGCAAUGAAGGGAGCGGCCGCAAGCCAGGAGGUGGAUUUGGUGUACCAUUUGGUCAACCCCAGAUCCUUCAGCUGGAAGGAUGAUUUGCUUCCCGCAUUGAAGAAGGGCUCAGCUCUACCGGAAUUUGAAGUCGUUUCGCCCCAGGAGUGGCUUCAGCGAUUAGCAUCCAGCGAGCAAGAUCCAGAGAAAAACCCGAGUAUCAAGCUGAUUGAUUUUUGGCGUGGCAAGUAUGGAGGACUUAGUCAGGCGCAAGUCAAUGGCUCUUCUCAACCGCAGAAAGCGGCGAGUCUGGACUUUGAGACUGAUCGCACUGUUCAAGAUUGUCCGUCCUUGGGUCUUGUCAAGGACCCGGUUGCAGAGGGGUUGAUACACAGAUAUAUUGAAUCCUGGAUGCAGCGAUGGACCAAGUAA